ACAUUGGGUAGGAACCAGGAACAGGCACGUCCUGCUCAUUGAAAUCAUAAUUUCUGAAAUAUCUUUAGUAUUUUUUUUGUUAUGAACGAAAUAGCAUGGAUGUUUUAUACUGUCCUUAUAACAUUUAUAUGAGUUAGACUAAAUUUCUUGACUGCGCGGAUUCGUGAUGAUCGGAACCUUUCGAACACGGCGCGUUUGAACGGGGAAGAAGUAGAUCCGGACACCGGGCUCUUUACAGGCUGAUGCAAUUUGAAAGAGGGAGCUGUCAGCUUAACGUGUGAAGGAGAUGACAGACUGUCAAGGAGACGUGGAAGGAGCCAGCACUCCCAUGGAGCUUUAUGAGAAACUCAGCGAACAAGGGGAAAAAGUGAGGUCCCUGAAGUCAGCCAAAGCUGAUAAAGCUGAGGUUGAUGCUGCUGUCCAGCUGCUACUGAAGCUGAAAAUGGACUACAAACAGAUGACUGGGCAGGACUACAAAGCAGGAUGUCCACCGUCAGUGAACGAUGCUGCGCCGAACAACGGCCCGGCAGCAGAUGGCGCCGGUGAGGACGACACAGUGGAUCCAUGGACCGUCUCAACCACCAAUGCCAAGGGAGUCGAUUAUGACAAAUUAAUAGUGAGGUUUGGGAGCAGUAAAAUCGACCAGGAGCUGGUGGAUAGAAUAGAGAAGGUUUGUGGACAGAAGCCCCAUCGCUUCCUACGAAGAGGAGUUUUUUUCUCACACAGAGAUAUGCAUCAGGUACUGGACGCGUACGAGAAGCACAAGUCCUUCUACUUGUACACUGGCAGAGGGCCGUCCUCAGAGGCCAUGCAUGUUGGUCACCUCAUCCCUUUUAUCUUCACCAAAUGGCUCCAGGACGUGUUCGACAUCCCGCUGGUGAUCCAGCUGACAGAUGAUGAGAAGUACCUGUGGAAGGACCUGACUGUUGAAGAAUGCCACCGCUUUGCCAUGGAAAACGCCAAGGACAUUAUCGCCUGUGGCUUUGACAUCAACAAGACCUUUAUCUUCUCUGACCUCGACUACAUGGGUUCCUCCCCUGAGUUCUACCGAAAUGUGGUGAGGAUCCAGAAGCAUGUGACGUUUAACCAGGUUAAAGGCAUCUUUGGCUUUACGGACAGUGACUGCAUCGGAAAGAUCAGCUUCCCAGCCAUCCAGGCUGCGCCAUCCUUCAGUAACUCCUUCCCUCAUGUGUUCGGAAACAGAAAAGACAUACAGUGCCUCAUCCCCUGUGCCAUUGAUCAGGAUCCCUACUUCAGGAUGACCCGCGAUGUUGCUCCGAGGAUCGGUUACCCGAAACCAGCCCUGCUGCACUCCACCUUCUUCCCUGCCCUGCAGGGGGCGCAGACGAAGAUGAGCGCUAGCGACGCUAACUCCUCCAUAUUCCUCACUGACACGCCGAAGCAGAUCAAGAACAAGAUUAACAAACACGCGUUUUCUGGAGGGAAGGACACGGUGGAGGAACACAGGAAGUACGGAGGGAACGCAGACGUAGACGUCUCCUUCAUGUAUUUGACUUUCUUCCUCGAGGACGAUGAGCAGCUGGAGAAAAUCAGACUGGACUACACGAGCGGCGCUCUGCUAACAGGCGAACUGAAGAAGAUAUUGAUUGAGACUCUGCAGCCGAUGAUUGCGCAGCAUCAAGAGAGACGUGAACAAGUCACAGAUGAAUUAGUGAAGCAGUUCAUGACACUCAGGCCUUUAAAUUUUAACUUGUAGCUCACAGAACCGUGUUUGUUGUGCUCUGCUUUUUUUUUUUUCCUCCAUUUGAAGUCGUCUAUAACUCGAGGAAACAGAGAAGCUGCUCAUUCUGUAGCAAAUGCACAUAUUGUUGUUCAGGAGUGAAAGUGAAAGGCAUGUUUUUUGAAUCCUGCUUAAAGACAAACAAAAAUCAUCCGUUUCAUAAGUCUUGUGUGGAAAUUUAACUUCUCACAUCCGUGAAUGCAACCCUGUAAAUGGGACGACUUUAUCACACUAAUACUUUCACAGUUUGAGCCACCAACACUCUGUUCCAAAAACAAAACGACGUUAUUGUGGUUACUUUUUGGGCUUUUAAUGAUGCAUUUUUUAUGGUUUUUCAGAGUUGAACAUCAUGCAGCGCAUAACUGAAAUAAAUUUUAAGAAAACAGAA